AUGAUUAAGCAAUAUUCAUGUUCAGAAUGUGGGAAAUGUUUUAGUGAUCAAUCAAGUCUUGUGCAACAUCAGAGAAUUCACACAGGAGAGAAUCCAUAUUCAUGUUCAGAAUGUGGGAAGUGUUUUCGUCAGAAAUCAAAUCUUGUUGAACAUCAGAAAACUCACACUGGGGAGAAGCCAUUUUUAUGUUUAGAAUGUGAGAAAUGUUUUAGUCGGAAAUCACAUCUUGUUGAACAUCAGAAAACUCACACAGGAGAGAAGCCAUUUUCAUGUUCAGAAUGUAGUAAGUGGUUUAGGAGUCAACAUUAUCUUAAGGUACACCUGAGAACUCAUACUGGGGAGAAGCUAUAUUCAUGUUCAGAAUGUGGGAAAUGUUUUAGUCAUAAAUUAAGUCUUGUGAAACAUCAAAGAAUUCACACAGGAGAGCGGCCAUUUCCAUGUCCAAAAUGUGGGAAAUGUUUUAGUGAUAAAUCAAGUCUUGUGCAACAUCAGAGAAUUCACACAGGAGAGCAGCCAUUUCCAUGUCCGGAAUGUGGGAAAUGUUUUAGUAACAAAUCAAUUCUUGAGGUACAUCAGAGAAUUCACACUGGGGUUAAGCCAUUUUCAUGCCCUGAAUGUGGGAAAUAUUUUAAUGGAAAAUCAGAUCUUGUGAAACAUCAGAAAAUUCACACCGGAGAGAAGCCAUUUCCAUGUCCUGAAUGUGAAAAGUGUUUUAAUCGGAAAUCACAUCUUGAUAUACAUCUGAGAACUCACACAGGAGAGAAGCCAUAUUCAUGUCCUGAAUGUAUGAAAUGUUUUACUGAUAAAUCAAGUCUUAUUAAACAUCAAAGAAUUCACACAGGAGAGAAGCCAUUUUCAUGUCCCGAAUGUGAGAAGUGUUUUAGUAAGAAAUCAAUUCUCGAGGUACAUCAGAGAAUUCACACUGGAGAGAAGCCAUUUUCAUGUCAUGAAUGUGGAAAAUAUUUUAAUGGGAAAUCAAAUCUUGAUACACAUCUGAGAACUCACACAGUAGAGAAGCCAUUUUCAUGUCCAGAAUGUGAGAAGUGUUUUAGUGAGAAAUCACAUCUUGUUCGACAUCAGAAAACUCACACAGGA